CACACACACUCUCCUCUUUAUUAUAUUUCACUCUCCAUUACCAUUUUUCCAUUCCAUUUCCUUAAGCUGCUCAACCACAAUAAUAUUUACGUAAAAAUAAAACAAGUCAUACAUAAUAAUCAUCAGUUCUUACAUACAAGAGGCCUAUGGCGGAAGCUGGAGAUGAAGUUCUUAACUUGGAGGGCAAGUGCGGUGUUUCGGGGGGAGUUCAGGACAUGUAUGGUGAGGAUAAAGCCACUGAAGACCAGCUUGUCACCCCCUGGGCUGUCUCUGUUGCUAGUGGUCAUACAUUGUUGCGCGAUCCACGUUAUAACAAAGGGACUAGCUUCUCUGAGAAUGAAAGAGAUGCCUUCUUUCUGCGUGGCCUCUUACCCCCAGUGGUCAUGUCACAGGAGCUUCAGGAAAAAAAACUGAUGGCCAAUCUUCGGAACUAUGAAGUUCCACUGCAUAGAUACAUAGCCAUGAUGGAUUUGCAGGAAAGAAAUGAAAGGUUGUUUUACAAGCUUCUAAUUGAUAAUGUUGAGGAGCUUCUCCCAGUUGUUUACACUCCAGUAGUUGGGGAAGCUUGUCAGAAAUACGGGAGCAUUUUCAAGCGCCCCCAGGGUCUUUACAUUAGUUUGAAGGAAAAGGGAAGAAUCCUUGAAGUGUUGAAAAACUGGCCUGUGAAAGCUAUUCAAGUCAUUGUUGUUACUGAUGGUGAACGCAUAUUAGGACUCGGAGACCUAGGCUGUCAGGGCAUGGGUAUUCCAGUUGGCAAGCUUUCUUUGUAUACAGCACUCGGAGGAGUUCGUCCUUCAGCAUGCUUACCAAUAACCAUCGACGUCGGCACAAAUAAUCAGAAGUUGCUGGAUGAUGAGUUUUAUAUCGGGCUCAGGCAAAAAAGGGCAACUGGAGAGGAGUAUGCUGAGAUGCUGGAGGAAUUCAUGGCAGCAGUAAAGCAGAACUACGGGGAGAAAAUCCUCAUACAAUUUGAGGAUUUUGCAAACCACAAUGCUUUUGAACUCUUGGCAAAAUAUCGCACAAGUCAUCUUGUAUUUAAUGAUGACAUUCAGGGUACAGCAUCUGUGGUUCUAGCAGGGCUCAUAGCGUCUUUAAAAGUACAUAAUUGCAGCUUGGCGGACCAUACCUUCUUAUUCCUAGGAGCCGGAGAGGCGGGCACUGGUAUAGCGCAGCUCAUAGCACUCGAGAUAUCCAAAAAAACAGGUAGCCCGGUGGAAGAAAAUCGCAAGAAGAUCUGGCUCGUGGACUCCAGAGGACUAAUUGUGAGUUCGCGCAUGGACUCUCUUCAACACUUCAAAAAGCCUUUUGCUCAUGAGCAUGAACCUGUUGAUAAUCUCUUAGAUGCUGUCAAGGCUAUCAAACCAACAGUCUUGAUAGGAACAUCUGGUGUUGGCAAAACUUUUACAAAGGAAAUUGUAGAGGAAAUGGCAUCUCUAAAUGAGAAACCUCUUAUUCUUGCUCUAUCUAACCCAACUUCCCAAGCGGAGUGCACUGCUGAAGACGCUUACACAUGGUCACAAGGACGCGCAAUCUUUGCUAGUGGAAGCCCAUUUCAACCUGUCGAAUAUGAGGGAAAACUCCACGUCCCUGGCCAGGCAAAUAAUGCUUACAUAUUUCCCGGAUUUGGUUUGGGCGUAAUAAUGUCUGGUACCAUUAGGAUACAUGAUGACCUGCUCUUGGCAGCCUCGGAAGCUUUGGCUUCUCAAGUGACAGAAGAAAACUACGAAAAAGGACUGAUAUACCCGCCCUUCACAAGCAUCAGAAAGAUAUCAGCCAAUAUUGCUGCCAAAGUAGCUGAAAAGGCAUAUGAACUUGGUGUGGCAUCAGUUCUUCCCCAGCCCCGAGACCUUGUUCACUAUGCAGAACGCUGCAUGUACACCCCAGUAUACCGUACCUAUCGCUAAUUUCAGAUCAAAUAUGGCUAAUAUCUCCCCUGACUGGAUUCUCAGGCAAUAGGUUCAAAUCUAAAGAUGCCAGGCAUUUUGUCACUUUUAACACUACAAAAUUUCUUUCAGUUCUGUAUACAUUUGUUGAUCAUUUCAUCUAGAAAAUGUAAUAAAUAUUGAUCAUUUUACCUCAAUGUAUAUAGCCUAAAAUUUC